CUUUUCGCAGUUUCUUUCAGAUGGCGGAGGUGGUUAGGAUGGACUUGAAGCAAUGACGUCCAGACUUAUCCAUUAUAGUGGAUUUAAGUGCAAUUUUCCCCGAAGACGGUGCUAGGGAAAAUAUUCCUGAAUUUCUUGAAAUAGUUAUAUCUGUGAUGAUGACACUAUUUAGCUGAGCUGCUUUCACAUUGAAGAAAGCCUUAAAGUAUUGCUGAGAGCUACGAUGGUGAAGUAUUUUCAGGGUCUGAAUGAUCUAAAGAACUCCUGGGAUCAGGUGCUUCUGGCGUUUUGGCAAAGAUAUCCCAACCCUUUCAGCAAGCAUGUUUUAACAGAAGAUAUAAUUUACCGGGAGGUAACACCAGACAACAGGCUGAUUUCAAGGAGGUUGCUGACCAAAACAAAUAGACUGCCACGAUGGGCUGAAUGUAUUUUCCCUGUUAGCAAGACAAAGUGUGCCUACAUAAUUGAAGAUUCCAUCGUGGACCCAGAAAAGAGAACCUUGACAACGUUCACAUGGAAUAUAAAUCACGCUCGUCUUAUGAUGGUGGAGGAACGUUGUGUCUACAAAGUAAAUCCUGAAAAUACCAACUGGACCCAGAUUGUACGAGAGGCCUGGAUUUCAUCCAGCUUGUUUGGUUUUACCAGAGCUAUUCAGGAGUUUGGUCUGGCUCGGUUCAAGAGCAAUGUGGCAAAGAGUAUGAAGGGAUUUGAAUAUGUUCUAGCCAAAACGCAAGGAGAUGCUCCUUCAAGGACACUCGUAGAAACUGCCAAAGAGGCAAAAGACAAAGCAAGAGAAACUGCAGUAGCAGCAACAGAGAAAGCCAAGGACCUGGCCAGCAAGGCAGCAUCAAAGAAAAAAACAGCAUUAUGUCUGAUAGACGUCAACAGUAACCUCUAAAACUCUGAAGGAAUCAUUUUAAUUUCUUUUUUUAAUGCGUACAUGUUGUUACUUCUCUUUGUCACCAACUCUUUUGAUGUGAGGCACAAACUGUGGCCAAAGGAAAAGCCAGGUCUCAGCAAAACAAAAAGUCCUAAUACAUCUGAAUUACAUGUUCUCCAAACCUAACGCUAUAUUCCUUUCCCUUGUAGGGCAAAUUCGAGUGGUAUUACUGCUCUGCCUUUUAAGCUGUGGAAGUCGCAUUUUCUUAGCAGUAUAUGUUGAAUAGCUGUAAUGGAAGUUUUUGGUAAAAGGAACCUAACCUGCCAGCUCAGCUUUUGACAAAGAAAAUUGUCUUUUAAUACUUUACUUUUAGCAGAUCAUUUUUUUUUUUUGUUAGUAUAUAGUGAUUGUGGCACUUCAGACAUCAUUUUCAGUCUAUGAAGUCUUGUUUCAUUUUCCCAUUACUUCAGACAUCAUUUUCAGUCUAGGAAGUCUUGUUUCAUUUUCCCAUUACUUCAGACAUCAUUUUCAGUCUAUGAAGCCUUGUUUCAUUUUCCCAUUACAACACAUGUAAAACUGAAGUGAUGUCUAGAAUCGUACAUAUUACUUAGAUCUUCCCUGUCUUGUUUGUAGUGUUAAGGUAAAUUUAUUAAAGAAAAGUUAAAACUACUGUUCUUUGGCAGAAGCUUAGCGGGUAUGUUUUGGGAGGCUACUGUUUUGUGGGCUUCUCUUUUAAGGCAUCUGUAGAGGUGGUUGGAAGUGUAUUAUAGAGUUGGAAGUUUACAUUGAUUGGCUGAGGGAUCAAAUACAGGUAAGCUUUUGGAUAAUUCGCUGCUUUUUCAGGGCAUUGAAGAACUUUAAUUAGCACUUGGUCAACUGAAAAAAUAAAUGUGUAUACUCAGGUA